ACGGUAAAGAGAAGAAGAAGCUAAUGGCGGGUUUGUUCCAGUGAAGGAAAUGUGUUCCGUUUAAUUCAUUUAGAGAUUUUACUCCAUUUCAUGUUUUGAGAGACGGCGACAAAAUGGCGACUUUAGUUCUGGAUAACGGAGCUUAUAGCGCGAAGAUCGGCUUCAGUCAGGAGAAAGUGCGUGUCAUCCCAAACUGUCAGUUUCGCUCGAAGACGUCGAGAUUGAAAACGUUCACAGCCAAUCAGCUGGAUGAGAUCAAAGAUCCCUCAGGACUCUUUUACAUCCUCCCUUUCCAGAAGGGGUAUCUGGUGAACUGGGACGUCCAGAGGAAGGUUUGGGAUCAUCUGUUUGGGAAAGAGAUGUUUAAGGUGGACUUUGCGGACACCAGCGUCAUCAUCACGGAGCCCUACUUCAACUUCUCCUCCAUCCAGGAGUCCAUGAACGAGAUCCUGUUCGAGGAGUACCAGUUCCAGUCGGUUCUGCGGACCAACGCCGGCUCCCUCAGCGCUCACCACUUCUUCUCCUCUCGGCCCUCGGAGCUCUGCUGCCUCCUGGUGGACGGAGGCUUCUCCUUCACUCACAUCAUCCCAUACUGCCGCAGCAAGAAGAUGAAGGAGGGCAUCCGCAGGGUGAAUGUAGGAGGGAAGCUGCUGACCAAUCACCUGAAGGAGAUCAUCUCAUAUCGGCAGCUUCAUGUGAUGGAUGAAACUCACGUGAUAAAUCAGGUGAAGGAGGACGUGUGCUACGUGUCGCAGCAGUUCUUUAAAGACAUGGAGAUAUCCCAGAUGAAGGGCGAGGAGAACACGGUGGUCAGGGAUUACGUUCUCCCAGAUUUCAGCUCCAUCAAAAAAGGCUUCUGCAAGCCUCGGGAGGAGAUGGUGUUCAGCGGGAAGUAUAAGACCGGAGAGCAGAUCCUGAGACUCGCCAACGAGCGCUUCGCCGUCCCCGAGAUGCUCUUCCACCCGUCAGACAUCGGCAUCCAGGAGAUGGGCAUCCCCGAGGCCAUCGUGCACUCCAUACAGUCGCUGCCUGAAGAGAUGCACGCUCACUUCUUCCAGAACAUCGUGCUGACGGGAGGAAACAUCUUGUUCCCGGGCUUCAGGGAACGUUUGGAGGCGGAGCUUAGGGCUCUGGCCCCCGCCCACCUGCCCGUCUCCGUCCUGCAGCCCGACAACCCCAUCUGUUACCCGUGGGAGGGCGGGAAGCUGCUGGCUCACAGUCCAGACUACGAGGAGAUAGUGGUGACACGAGAGGACUUCGAGGAGAACGGACAUUUCAUCUGCGAGGAAAAGUUCGACAUCUGACUGAAAACAAACUCCUCUCACGGAGGUUGGAGAGGAAACCCUGCAUGUUUCAUAUUCAGUCUACAGGAUCUGCCUUCAACGUGCAGGACGGAUUCAAACCACCAGACAUGCUGUUUCUCUACAGCUGUUCAAUGUGAUUUCAGUGUGUUGUAUAUUUGUUGUGUGUGUGCAGACGUCAUGGCUUCAACACUUCCUUUGGGAACGUCAAUAAAUGCUGAUAUUACAUUUUG